GGGGGAGAGAGAAGGAGAGAGUGUCAAGAGUAAAUGAGGGAGGGAGGAGAACUGAUACGGGCACCUAAUGCCAGCUGCAAAGAUGACCGAGACCCUUCAGCUCCCGGCACUGCAAGUCCCAGAGCAGCAGGUGGCAGAGUGCGGCCACGCCUGGUCCAGCUCGUCCACACCGACCCUGCGCCGAAGGCGGUUCAGGAUGAGGCGUGCAAGAAAUGUCCAGGAUCCGAAUCUAGAGACUGUGCCCUCCAGCAAGGAGUUCCUACAGCUCCCCUCCAUUGAAAUCACCCCUUCCAGCGAUGAGGACACCCCUUGGUCUAACUGUUCCACGCCCAGCGCCUCUCCACGGCGCAAGCGCUUCCUUCUCCGCAAGUGGUUGAAUGUGAGGGAGAAGAAGGAAUGCAGUGAGAGCAGCAGCCAACAGAGCAGCCAGCAGAGCAGUCAUGAUGAUGACCCAUCCCGAUUCCUGAGCCCCCGAAUGCGUGACGACGGCACUGCCAGUAACUCAAAUCGCAGCAGUCCUGCUUGCUCCCCUAUCCUGCGCAAACGCUCCCGGUCUCCAACGCCACAGGACCCCCAAGGAGACACCAUGGUGGAGAAAGGCUCGGACCACUCUUCAGACAAAUCCCCUUCCACGCCAGAACAAGGCGUGCAACGUAGCUGUUCCUCUCAGUCGGGUCGUAGCGGGGCCAAGAAUUCCAAGAAAAGCCAGAGUUGGUACAAUCAUGAACGACAGCACAUCCGCAGAGUGCUGAGCCCAACCUAUAAGCAGCGGAACGAAGACUUCAGGAAACUCUUCAAGCAGCUCCCCGACACAGAGCGCCUCAUAGUUGAUUACUCCUGUGCACUUCAAAGAGACAUUCUCCUGCAGGGCCGACUCUACCUCUCCGAAAACUGGAUAUGCUUCUAUAGCAACAUUUUCCGCUGGGAAACACUGUUGACUGUCCGUUUGAAGGACAUCUGCUCUAUGACCAAGGAAAAAACUGCACGGCUCAUUCCUAACGCUAUCCAAGUUUGCACUGACACUGAAAAGCACUUUUUCACUUCCUUUGGUGCCCGAGACAGGACAUACAUGAUGAUGUUCAGGCUCUGGCAGAAUGCCCUCCUUGAAAAGCCCCUGUGUCCAAAGGAGCUCUGGCACUUUGUGCAUCAGUGUUACGGUAGUGAACUAGGGCUGACGAGCGAUGAUGAAGACUAUGUGCCUCCCGAUGAUGAUUUCAACACGAUGGGCUACUGUGAAGAGAUCCCCGUGGAAGAAAUUGAGGUGAACGACAGCUCCUCUAAAAGCAGCAUGGAGGCCAAACCGGAGGCGAGCCCUCAGCUUCCUAAGAAGUCUGUCACAAAUAGUAGCACAUUGACACCGACAGGAAGCAGUGAAGCUCCAGUCCCAUAUGAAGGAGUAGUUCCCGAGGAAGAGGAGCUCAUUGACAUCCCCUCAGAGAAGGAGCUGACAAUCGCAAACCUUAUCGGAGACAAGAUUGAGAUCAUUGCCCCCAUUAAUUCCCCCUCCCUGGACUUCAAUGACAACGAGGACAUUCCAACUGAACUCAGCGAUUCCUCGGAAACUCACGACGAAGGGGAAGUUCAGGCCUUUUACGAUGAUCUGAAUGGACGGCAGUACAUGAACGAAGUCUUCAAUUUUAGCGUGGAUAAGCUGUAUGACCUGCUCUUCACAGACUCUCCGUUCUUGAGGGACUUCAUGGAGCAGCGGCGGUUUUCUGACAUUGUCUUUCAUCCCUGGAAGAAGGAAGAAACUGGCAAUCAGAGCAGAGUUAUCCUUUAUACCAUCACCCUCACCAACCCUCUAGCCCCCAAAACUGCCACUGUCACUGAGACUCAGACAAUGUACAAAGCAAGCCAAGAGAGCGAGUGCUACGUGAUAGAUGCAGAGGUGCUAACUCACGAUGUCCCCUACCAUGAUUAUUUCUACACAAUUAAUCGUUACACAUUGACGCGCGUUGCCAGAAACAAAUGCCGACUCAGGGUUUCUACAGAGCUACGAUACAGGAAACAGCCAUGGGGGCUGGUGAAAUCUUUCAUUGAGAAGAACUUCUGGAGUGGCCUAGAUGAUUAUUUCCGCCAUUUAGAGAGUGAACUGACCAAAACAGAGAGCACAUAUCUAGCCGAGCUCCAUCGAGAAUCCCCCAAAGUGAAGGCAAGCAAGCAAUCCACAGUGCGCCGGAGGAAGCGGCCCCAUACUCACCUGAGGGGACCACACUUGGAGGAAGUGCUGAGCCCCGUAACCACCCCCACAGAUGAGGAAGCUGUAGGUCGAAUCAAGCGUGUGGCAGGUUCCACUCAAACACGGCAUAUCCCUGAGGAAAGUCCCAGCGGCUUCCACCUGCAGAGCGUCUCCAAAUUGCUGCUCAUUAUCAGUUGUGUGAUUUGUUUCAGUCUGGUGCUUUUGGUAAUCCUCAACAUGAUGCUGUUCUACAAACUCUGGAUGUUGGAAUACACUACUCAAACCCUCACAGCAUGGCAGGGUCUACGGUUACAGGAAAGGUUACCCCAGUCCCAGACUGAAUGGGCCCAGUUAUUAGAGUCCCAGCAGAAGUAUCAUGACACGGAGCUUCAGAAGUGGCGGGAGAUCAUCAAAUCAUCCGUGAUUCUUCUAGAUCAGAUGAAGGACUCGCUAAUAAACCUCCAGAAUGGAAUUGGGUCCCGUGAAUAUCGGCCGGAGCCAGACGAGAAACGGAAACGGUUCCACUAGCAGGCAGGAACCCAAGUGCGGCCAGAGGACUGUGUGCAAUACAUGUACAUAGAAUAUAUAAAUAUAUAUAUAUACAGAAUAUAAAUAUAUAUAUAUAUAUAUUAUAUACAGAUUUUAAAAGAGAGAGCGAUAGAAAAAUGAAGCCUACGUACUGAGAA